GCCAUGAAGACAGCUUUUCUAAUACUGUGUUUUCAAGUGGCAAUUGGAGAUUUUCAACAAGUGGUGAAUCCACCCGACGCUGGACUAGAAUGCUACCAUUGCCACAAAUAUGACCCAAAUCACCCUGAAGACAGGUGCCAUAUUCAUCAUUGCCAUGACGACGAGUUUUGUGAAGUAGAUAUGGAACCCGAUCAUACCGUGGAAGGGAAAUGCAAACAUCGCAAUGAAAUUUUCCAAUGCCUCCUCGACACGGAACCCCUGUGCAUUGACUACAACAGUUUGGUCGCCCUCGGAAAAUGCAGGGUUUGUUGUGGAGAUGCCAAUUGUGUCAAUCUAGCGCUCAACAUCUCAGGUGUGCCUCCUGUGUUGACCUUGCCACCCACAAUACCAGGAGGUUUGCCGCCAGUGGUGACUUCACCAGACGCUGGACUAAAAUGCUACAAUUGCCACAAAUAUGACCCAAAUCACCCUGAAGACCAGUGUCACGUUCACCAUUGCCAUAACGACGAGUUCUGUCAAGUAGAUAUUGGACUCGAUAAUAUCGUGGAUGGGAAAUGCAAACAUCUCAAUGAAUUUCCCCACUGUUUGACCGACCCGCAGGCCCUGUGUAAUAACUUCAACGCUUUGCUCUACGGAGGAUGCAGGUUUUGUUGCCAAGAUGCCGAUUGUGUCAAUAAAGCGCUGAAUGUCUCAGGUGUGCCUCCUGUGUUGACCUUGCCACCCACAAUACCAGGCACUCCCGAUUGUGUAGAUCUAAUUCCAAACUGUGCGACGACUGUCAAUGUUUGUUCCAGUACAAAUGCAGCAACACACUGCAAGAGAUUCUGCAAUCUUUGUGGAGGUUUGCCGCCAGUGGUGACUUCACCAGACGCUGGACUAAAAUGCUACAAUUGCCACAAAUAUGACCCAAAUCACCCUGAAGACCUGUGUCACGUUCACCAUUGCCAUAACGACGAGUUUUGUCAAGUAGAUAUUGGACUCGAUAAUAUCGUGGAUGGAAAAUGCAAACAUCUCAAUGAAUUUCCCCACUGUUUGACCGACCCGCAGGCCCUGUGUAAUAACUUCAACGCUUUGCUCUACGGAGGAUGCAGGUUUUGUUGCCAAGAUGCCGAUUGUGUCAAUAAAGGGCUUUAUGUCUCAGGUGUGUCUUCUGUGGUGACGCUUCAGCCAUCCACAACACCAAGCACUCCCAAUUGUGUAGACGAAAUCACUGACUGUGCAACAACUGACAAUGUUUGUUCCAGGAGUCUUGGACAAAAAGUCUGCAAGAAAUUCUGCAAUCUCUGUGGUGUGUCUUCUGUGGUGACGCUGUCGCCAUCCACAACACCGAGCACUCCCGACUGUGUAGAUCUAGUCGCUGAAUGUGCAACAACUAAUAAUGUUUGCUCCAGCACACUUGCACAUAAGCUCUUUACACCAACACUGCCAAUUUGCAAAAGUACAACAAGAGAGGAUAACUGCCCAUUGGCUCCAAACGUUUGCAGCGAAAAAGUAGCGCCAUACUUUUGCCCUGAGUUCUGCGGCUUGUGUACAAGACAAGGCAAAGGAACUACCCCAACUGAUGGAACCAGCAAGUACUCAUCAGCCACUACCGUUGCGUCUACGACUCCAUCGACAACGAAUCCAGACAAUAAAACAAUGGGGACGACACUUGCUGCAACGAUUACACCAAUUUCUACGGCUAAAACAGCAGUUAGUUCCACUACAACAACUGCCACGACUUCAACUACUACGUCCACACCUACCAGCACCACGGUUACAACGACCAAAGCUCCUCCGGCAGUCGACCGUGUGCCUUCUGUGUCGACGCUGCCUCCACCGACAACAUCAGGCACUCCCGAUUGUGUGGAUCUAAUUCCUGACUGUGCAACAACGGACAAUGUGUGUUCCAACACAUUUGCACCAAUAGUCUGCAAGAAAUUUUGCAAUCUUUGUGCAACCUCGCUGGUGACAUUUGUCCGGAGCAUUGCGGACUUUGUCAAAAAGGUAAGGAACUACCCCAACAGACGGAACAUCGACUGUCUCAUCAACCACUACCGUCCAAUCUACAACAUCGUCGACAACGAGAUCAGAUCUAAGCACUACGUUGCCACCAUCUGCUCCUGUACAACAGACAACCACUUACCCAACGACACCCUCUACUACACCAGCUACACGACCUUCUACAUCAGGAAUUCAAACUUCAUCGGGUAUGCAUGA